GACUUGUUAUCUAUCUAUAGACAAGGGUUUGUAAGGUUGAAAAAAAAAAGGGGGGGGGAGAAAGUGCAAUGUGGGGUGCCGCCCCCACUGGUCGCCACUCGCCAUCUCCCCACACGUUACACCUGAGCCGCUUUUGGGGGGGUUGGGAAGAAACCCCCUCCUCCUUGUGCCCACCUCCCUCCACAUUUCCUGGGGUGAGUCCCACAAUCCUCCCGGGGACGAGGCUACCUUUGCCGGGCGCGGAGUCUACGCGAGGCCGGGGAUUUUGCGGCCUGUACUGAGAAGGCGGCGGCGGUGGUCCUCCUCCUCUCUUUCCCCAUCUUGUGGCCAAAACCCCAAAAAAGGCCUGGAGCGGAGCUUGAGGGUAGCCGAGCCGCCGCAGAUAUGAUGGAAGAAUUGCAUAGCCUGGACCCACGACGGCAGGAACUGUUGGAAGCCAGAUUCACUGGAGCAGGUGUCACAAAGGGUCCCUUGAACAGUGAAUCUUCCAAUCAGAGUUUGUGCAGUGUGGGUUCUCUAAGUGACAAGGAGUUGGAGACUCCUGAAAAAAAACAGAAUGACCAGCGCAACAGGAAGAGGAAAGCAGAAACCUUUGAAACUAGUCAAGGCAAAAUCACUCCAAGGGGGCAUAAAAUUAGUGAUUAUUUUGAGUUUGCUGGGGGAAGUGGACCAGGAACAAGCCCUGGAAGAAGCGUACCGCCUGUUGCACGCUCAUCACCACAGCAUUCCUUAUCCAAUCCCUUACCUCGGCGAAUGGAGCAGCCGCUUUAUGGGGUAGAGAGCAGCGCAGCCAAGGAACUGCAGGAGGAGCAUUCUGCUCUGCCAACACUGGUGUCGGUGAUGCUAGCGAAGCAGCGGCUAGAGGGCGAGCAGCUGGCCCAGAGGGGUACAAGCCUCUGUUUUCCAUUUACUUCGGCCCAGCAAGGCAGCCCUUCCUCAACGGGUUCAGGGAACACAGAGCAUUCCUGCGCCUCCCAAAAACAGAUCUCCGUCCAACAUAAACAGACACAGUCUGAUCUUACAAUGGAGAAAAUAUCUGCACUAGAAAACAGCAAAAACUCUGAUCUUGAAAAAAAAGAAGGCAGGAUAGAUGACUUAUUAAGAGCAAACUGUGAUUUAAGGCGACAAAUAGAUGAACAACAAAAAAUGCUUGAAAAAUAUAAAGAGCGGUUGAAUAGAUGUGUAACAAUGAGCAAGAAGCUUCUUAUAGAAAAGUCGAAGCAGGAAAAGAUGGCAUGCCGAGAUAAGAGUAUGCAGGAUCGGUUGCGGCUGGGCCACUUUGCAACAGUCCGGCAUGGGGCCUCUUACACUGAACAGUGGACAGAUGGCUAUGCUUUCCAAAACCUUAUUAAGCAGCAGGAAAGAAUAAAUUCCCAAAGGGAAGAGAUAGAGAGGCAAAGAAAAAUGUUAGCAAAACGGAAGCCACCUGCCAUGGGACAGGUUCCACCAGCAACAAACGAGCAGAAGCAGCGUAAGAACAAGACCAAUGGAGCAGAAAAUGAGACGUUAACAUUAGCAGAAUAUCAUGAACAGGAGGAAAUCUUCAAACUCCGCCUGGGUCAUCUUAAAAAGGAAGAAGCAGAGAUCCAAGCGGAACUGGAGCGGUUAGAGAGGGUUAGAAAUCUGCAUAUCAGGGAAUUGAAAAGAAUACACAAUGAAGAUAAUUCACAGUUUAAAGACCACCCAACACUAAAUGACAGAUAUUUGUUGCUGCAUCUCCUGGGCAGAGGAGGAUUUAGUGAGGUAUAUAAGGCAUUUGAUUUAACAGAACAGAGAUAUGUAGCAGUAAAGAUUCACCAGCUAAAUAAAAACUGGAGGGAUGAAAAGAAAGAAAAUUACCACAAACAUGCAUGUAGAGAAUACAGAAUCCAUAAAGAGUUGGAUCAUCCUCGCAUAGUUAAGCUAUAUGACUAUUUCUCGCUGGACACUGACUCGUUUUGUACAGUUCUAGAAUACUGUGAGGGAAAUGAUCUGGACUUCUACCUGAAACAGCACAAAUUAAUGACAGAGAAAGAAGCCCGGUCUAUAAUCAUGCAGAUUGUGAAUGCAUUAAAAUAUUUAAAUGAAAUCAAGCCACCCAUUAUUCACUAUGAUCUCAAACCAGGUAAUAUCCUCUUGGUGAAUGGUACUGCAUGUGGUGAGAUUAAAAUCACUGACUUUGGCCUCUCAAAGAUCAUGGAUGAUGACAGCUACAAUUCCGUUGAUGGCAUGGAGCUUACAUCUCAAGGGGCUGGCACUUACUGGUAUUUGCCACCUGAGUGUUUUGUGGUUGGAAAAGAACCUCCAAAGAUUUCAAAUAAAGUUGACGUCUGGUCAGUGGGAGUAAUCUUCUACCAGUGUCUUUAUGGCAGAAAACCGUUUGGCCACAACCAAUCUCAGCAGGAUAUUCUGCAGGAGAAUACAAUCCUUAAAGCUACAGAGGUGCAAUUUCCUCCAAAGCCAGUAGUAACUCCAGAAGCUAAGGCAUUUAUCAGGCGCUGCCUGGCAUACCGAAAGGAAGAUCGGAUAGAUGUUCAACAAUUGGCAUGUGAUCCCUACUUACUUCCUCACAUCCGCAAGUCUGUAUCAACAAGCAGCCCAGCUGGGGCUGCUAUCGCCUCAACCUCUGGAUCUUCUAAUAACAGCUCUUCAAACUGAGCAGAAACAAUAGGCCAAAAAAUAUACAUAUAACCGGAACUGCAGAAAGAAACCGAGAGAGUCAGACAUGUUUUGAGAUGCAGCCUUGGGAUUGGCAAGGAAUUCACAAAACGGCCUCAAGAAACCGGUAUCAGGUUCUUUGUUUUUCUCUUGCGUUCUUGUCCCAUCCGUAGAACAAGGCAUCAUCGAUUCUCGGCAAGGAUCUACGGCUGCUUCAGUCAAGCUAAGUGGCCAAGGGAGAGGAGGUUGGUUAACUGCAAAGGCACUAACCGCUCUGGGCAGCGGAGAGAAAAGAUGGUUCCAUGUACUGUGAACUUCCAAACACCACAGACCCAAGGGUGGUUCCAUGACACAGGGUGCGCACACUUUGUGUGGCGAAUUGUGGACUUGGCAGCAGGGUAAAGAGGCUGGACUUAGUCCACUGUCAAUAUUUAAGAAAUAACGUUCUUUUCUUUUUAAAUAAAGUUUAGGCUACAUUUCAUUGGAGGGAAGGGGAAGAAACCACAGAGUUUAAUGCUGUGAGGUUCCACUGAGGAUUGGCAUAAGACGCCUUGAGCCCUUUUUUAAGGGAGUCCGGUGUCUCGCCUGUUCACGCCACCAGCAUUAGCAUGUUACCCCGCAUAAUUUCAGUUUUGAAGUAACCAUUUUUAUUGGUUUUCUGAUUAUAAAGUGAACUAACUAGCAGGUCAAUGUGGCAGCCCUUUCCCCCUUAACCUUACAUUGGCCUCAUUGGUGAGGGAAGUGCAAUGCAAUGCAAAGCUUACAUUACAGCUGUGAGCAUAGAUGUCUCUUCCCCCCGAACCCCAUCCCCUUCAAACCCUUCAGAAGAAGAGCUGCUUCUUUGACAGACACUUGACGGUUGUUUUCCCCACCCUCAAUCAGAAUAAAUCAAAAUGUUGGUUUUUUUUUUUAAACUGCUUUUCUCGCAUGGUUCUCUGAUUGAUUCAGUGGGGUCUCUUUCAUACCAGGGUGUUCUCUUUAACACACAUGGAUGCUGGUUCUGGCAGAACACACUAGUCAAUGUAUCCUCCCCCUCUACCUCUCCAUUUAACAUUUCUUUUUUAGACUGUGCAUUAAUACCCCAAAGUAAACACGUUCUCAGAAAAAGGUAGAUUUCCUGAUCCUAAAACUUCUAGUUGAGUUCUUUUUUCUGUUCAGAGGAGUUUUUUUAAUAAUCCUUUGGGGGUUUUUUUAACUUAAAGGAAAACAUUUAAACCAAAGAAUCCAGUUGCUUGAAACUUGACUCCCACAUGUGGCCAAAAUGAUGUUCGCUAAAAAUAUAUUUAAAUUGUACUGUGUGGUGGCACCUGGCCAGUACUUAAAUUCUGUUUCACAACUCUUGAUUCUCAGUGAGGGUGAGGAGGAUCAAGCCACAUUGAGAUUUGGCGGGGGACCAAGAAUGGGGAGACACAGCUGGGAUGUAGAGACUGUAUGUAAAUGUAUGUACACACUUCUUGCUACUUCUACAGAUCUGAAAAAUAGGCAUGUGUGUGUACCCUUCUCACUUCUCCAGUGGCUCCAUUACCAGGAUAGAUGUACAGUAUGGUCAAUAGAGGAAUCCAUGCCUAUGAGUAAAUGUCAUAAAAAGACACUGCGUAAGGAAAGUAAGGAAAUAUGACAUCGUACCUGACAGCACUGUUAAAAAGCUUUUGAAGCAAGAAUCCCACACUGGUCCUAUGAGUCAACAUUUGGAAAUGAGUGGGCUUCUCCUCAUGAGUGUGUGAUGAUCUGUUCCUCAAAACAGAGGGUGUGGCAUUUUGAAAAAACUGAGUUGUGGUUCUUCCUUUAAGGAAUGACUGCUAUUUAGAAUACUUUUACUGGGUACAGAAAAUAGGCAAAAUCUGGGGCAGGGAAAAGACAUAUGCUUGCCCUCAUUAUGGUUAUCUUCGUUUCUAAUAGAGUUUAUCCUUCCACACACCCCAGAAUCAAGUUCUUAAUUGCCUCUAGGCAUGUACAGAAGUAAAAAGCCAACUUCUCUGUCCUUUCUUCCUCCAUUUACCCCCAACAUCCUUGUUUUCCUUAAAUUAAAACCAGCAUGUAUGUGUUACUUUUAGGGUUCAUCUCUGCCAGGAUUACUUGUAGCUCUUUCACUAACUAAAGCUUGGAGCCAUGCAUGAACAGGCAAGUAGCAGAGGCAAAUAUUGUGGUCGCCAUGGCCAAAUUCAGCUGUUGUUGGCCUGAGAGGACAAGAAGCUUUGACCCCAUAUCUCAGCCAUUUUGGGGAGUAAGGCUCAACGUAUUUUCUGUAAGUGAAACCAAGGCACAAAGCAGACUGUGUAAAUGCUCAGGCCUAUCUUUUAUCCUUUGCUUUCUCCCUCCUUAGAAAUUAAUCAACUCUUUGCUGUGGACUGGUUAAAAUGUGCACAUACCAGUUGGUCAUCUAGUUGCUACUUCACCAUCAAUAGAGAAUCCUAUUCCAAAUAAGGUUACUUUUAAGUUUGUUCAUUUCUGUAAAAAUCCCAAACUUUCAAUCUUAACUUGUAUUUCUUCCUCCUCCUCCCACCAAAUAGUGGCUGUCAGAUAUUUCAGUCCCUUUGGUUUGUGCCUGAGCAGAAGCCUCUGCCUUUUAUGGUGUUCAUUACUGAAGCAGGUUAAAUCACUCUAGAUGAGAAAUGCGGACUGUGACUUUUUUCCUUUUUUAAAAAAAGCUAUUGCUGAAAUGGGUUUUAUUUUGGGUAACCAAACGUUUUUAUUGCCACACUGUUCAUUUUACUGAAAGGAAAGAGGAAACGUAUGGAUUUGUAACUUGAAACUAGGCCAGACUGUUUUGGCUUUGCCCAACAGACAAAAAUAUGGAUAUUAAACAAGUUUUAAGAAAUUGAA